CGCGCUGCUGGCGCGGGGCGCGGGCGCGGAGCUGGCGCCGACCCUGAUCCGGCAGCGCCGCGGAGACGGGCGGCCGCCAGCCCCCGGCCCGAGCGCGCGGAGGACGGCGGGGGGGCGCCGAGCGACCGGAGCCGCGCGCGGCGAGCCCUUGGGCCGGACACCGAGGGCAUGUUCCCGGCCGCGGGCCGAAGGCGGGAGCGCGGGACCGGCCGGCGCCGACCCCUAAGACCCGAGGCCUGCGUGUGCCACGAGGACCUCUUUGCCCCGCGCUCAACCCCAGCCGGAUGUGGGGGGCAGCUGCCCGGAGGCAUGCCCCCCGCCCGGCUGCGCCACCCCCACCUCCUCCUGCUGCUGCUGCUGGCCUGCCAGCCACAGGCCCCCGCCGCGCAGGCGAUGGACUUCCUCUUCCAGAAGUGGAAGCUCUACGGCGACCAGUGUCUCCGCAACCUGAGCCUGCUGCCCCCGCCCACCGAGCUGGUCUGUAAUAGAACCUUCGACAAGUACUCCUGCUGGCCUGACACCCCUCCCAACACCACGGCCAACAUCUCCUGCCCCUGGUACCUGCCCUGGUACCACAAAGUGCAGCACCGCCUCGUCUUCAAACGGUGUGGGCCCGAUGGGCAGUGGGUGCGUGGGCCGCGGGGGCAGCCGUGGCGCAACGCCUCCCAGUGCCAGGUGGACGACGAGGAGCUUGGGGUCCAGAGGGAGGUGGCUGAGAUGUACAGCAGCUUCCAGGUGAUGUACACGGCCGGCUACUCCCUGUCCCUCGGGGCCCUGCUCCUGGCCCUGGCCAUCCUGCUGGGCCUCAGCAAGCUGCACUGCACCCGAAACUACAUCCACGCGAACCUGCUUGCGUCCUUCGUGCUCAGGGCCAGCUCCGUGCUGGCCCUCGACGCGCUCCUCAAGACCCGCUACAGCCAGCGGCUUGGGGACGACCUCAGUGUGAGCAUCUGGCUGAGUGCCGAGGCGGUGGCCGGCUGCCGGGUGGCCGCGGUGUUCAUGCAGUACGGCGUCGUGGCCAACUACUGCUGGCUGCUGGUGGAGGGCGUGUACCUGCACAGCCUGCUGCGCCAGGCCACCAUCCCCGAGAGAAGCUGCUUCCCCCUCUACUUGGCCAUCGGCUGGGGUGCCCCCAUGCUGUUCGUCAUCCCCUGGGCGGUGGUCAAGUGUCUGUUUGAGAACAUCCAGUGCUGGACCAGCAAUGACAACAUGGGCUUCUGGUGGAUCCUGCGCUUCCCCGUCUUCCUGGCCAUCCUGGUGAGGGGACCAGCCACCCGCUGGCAGCGCAGGGAGGGCUCAGAGGCUGCUGCAGUUGGCCGCCCAGCCCCUUCCUUCCUCGCUGGCCUGCAGCAGCCCGAGGAGACAGACAGCACCCUGCCCGAGUGGAGAGGGAGGGAGGCCUGGCACUCCGCCAGGACACUGGCCGGCACCCAUCCCUGGCCGGGCACCCGCAGCCCCAGGGCCCCGGGAGCCAGGGCGGGGCUGGCCGCAGACCCGCCUCGCAGAGGGACAGGCUGGGGCCGGGCUCUUCUGUGUCCCCACGUGCAGGUCAACUUCUCCAUCUUCAUCCGCGUCCUCCACGUGCUGGCGGCCAAGCUGCGAGCCCAUCAGAUGCGCUGCACUGACUACAAAUUCCGGCUGGCCAGGUCCACGCUGACGCUCAUCCCGCUGCUGGGGGUCCACGAGGUGGUGUUUGCCUUCGUGACGGACGAGCACGCCCAGGGCGCCCUGCGCUCCGCCAAGCUCUUCUUUGACCUCUUCCUCAGCUCCUUCCAGGGCCUGCUGGUGGCGGUUCUCUACUGUUUCCUCAACAAGGAGGUGCAGGCGGAGCUGCUGCGGCGCUGGCACCGCUGGCGAGAGGGCAAAGCAUUGCAGAAGGCACACCGCGUUGGCAGCCACUCGGCCCGGCCCCCCAGCGGUCCCCCCAGCGAGAAGCUGCUGCUCUCGACGGGUGGCAGCAGCAAUGGCACCAGCCAGGAGCCCUCUGCAGAGACCCGCUUGGCCAGCGGCCUCCCUGGAGUGGUCGAGAACCCCUUCUGAAGCCGCUGCAACUCCAGCCGGGGCUGGACUCUGGUGCCCAAAGAGCAUGUUGCCAAACAAUCCCGAGCUGGUGCCCAACAGAGGCUGGAGGCAUGGGAGCCAGACAGUGCCCCACUGCCCAUGUGUCCCUGGUGUGGUGGUCUGAGAGCACCUGCUCUGUGCCCAGCGGUGGGGACAGGAAGCUGUCCCGUGAACGCGCGCCUGAGUUAGGGGAAACUUGAGUCAGGCAAUAAAGAGCUCUGUGCACA